CAGAUCCGCACAUCAGAUGAAUGGUCUACUGAUUCUUUGUGUGAAGCCAGUUCCAGUUCACCUCAGCGCUAUCCUAUCACAUUUGAAGAAAAAUACAAACAAAUAUAGCUACUAAAAAUGGCACGUCAGAUAUGCUUGCAUUGGUUAGGAAAACAGAAGAAUAUAUGGAGAUUACUAUGGAUUGUGGAACCAAACUCAUCUCACAUGACAUCCUCUUUUAGUCCAAGUUUUAACCUUCACAAUUUUGGUAGGAAAUCACUUACUCAUCACAAGCACAUUCUUGCAGGACUAUCCCACAGCAGUGUUAGACAUUAUGUUCAAUUGCCUGCCCAGCAAGGCUUAUUCCAUGUGAAAAUGCCCGACCUAGAUGAAGGCAAAAGUUCCUCAGAAUCUGUUGCGGGAAACACCUAUAUUGGUAAACCAAAUGUAAGAGAGAGUGAAGUGCAAUAUCUAUAUAACAAGGAAAUGAUUAGUGCCAGCCAGUAUAUGCGAAGAGAGAGGGAAAAGUUGAUGUCUGAACCAAGGUCCCGUAUGGAGUCGUUUCAUUCCAAGUACACCCCGCGAUUGUUCUACCUCGAGAGGGAGCAGUAUACGUCAACAGCAGUGUGCCUGCCAAGGGAAGAUCUUGCAUCAGUUGAUAUGUCUCACAAGGAAUUCCUUGACAAAAUCAUGGUGGAUAAACAUGCUCGCUUUCCUAUUUCUGAUAUCAUGGAUUGUAUCAAGUCACUUGGUUUGAAUUCUGAUGAAUGGCUGAUAGAUUUGAAUAAUGAUGUAAGAUUUCUUAGACUUUGCAUCAUUAUCAAAGCUGUUUGUAACUCCAUGACGACAGAUGAGCUAGCAGAAGUUUUAACUCUUCUUGCUCGUGCACAGAUAAGGACAAGAAACUAUGUUCUUCCAACCCUGUAUGAGGAGUGUUGCAACAGGGUAGGAAGCAUGGAUCUCAGGACACGGCUCCUUGUCUUGGACUCUUGGAGAAUGAUUGGGUAUCCUGUGCCACGUUUUUGUGAGGAAGCUUUUGCUGCUUGCAGGGUCGAUGUGCCAAAGAUGAGUACUGCAGAACUACUUCAACUUAUUUACCUGAUCGGGGAGAAUCGUGGAGCACCCGAUGGACUUGAAGAAAGUCUUGUCAAACAAUUACCAGACCACUUGACUUCUCUAUCUCUCACAGAACUUGGUACAGUUUGUACAGGUCUUUUCAAGUCCCAUUCUUCUCCUCAAACAUCAGACCUGAUGCUAGAGAUCUCCGACCAUGUUUGCAGCAGUGAUAUCCAGAGUGUACAUAGUUUUUUCAUAGUGGGUAUCCUCAAGCACUUCAGGAGGCAAUACGCAGGCUACCAACAUUUCUUCCAGUAUGUGGCAAAUGCUGUAGCUCCUUUCCUGCACCUUUAUCCACUCAUGUCCUGUAUGCAAAUCUUACUGACCUAUGCAACCAUGCACAUCUACCAUCCUCAACUCUGUGACAACUUGGCAAAUGAGAUCACGCAACGGGCCGAUGAAUGGCGGUCGAAGGAUGCAACCAAAAUCCUUUGGUCCUUUGGAACUCUGCAGUAUCUACCAGACAAGCCAUACUUCUUGCCAACAGUCUUGGAGCAGCUGGUUGACCUACAGGGCGAGAUGGAGGAAUACCCUCUAAACCUGGUCUCCAGUCUCUUGUCCUUGGCAUAUCUUCAGCGUUAUCCUUGGGAACUUAUCAACAGAUUGUUCAGCAAAGACUUCUUGCAGACAGUCACUGCAUUUAUGGACAAAACAGGUAUUGACUUGAGGAGGGACAUGCUUCUUCUAGACAGAGCUUUGGAGAUCGAAUGUCCACAGUACAACGGGAACAGGCUUGAUGAGUCUAUCAUGUUAAGAUCUGAGAUUCACUCUAGCAUAGCACCGACCGUCGGUCAGCAGAUGGCUAAUAGACCUGAUGUACGCUUCAUCGCUGGACUGGUCAGAGCUGCUGUGGGCAGGAAGGAAAACUAUAAGAUCCAUUCUAUUCUACCUCAUUUCAACACCUUGGAUAUUGAGGUUCGUCUCAAUGAGCACAACCAGCCGAUCCCCUUUGAACCCAGUGAUCCGAUUUCCGGUGCCUUCAUCCAGGGUGCCGAUGAUGAUUCCAAUAGCAUGUUCAAUGACAGGAAGCAAUCUUCAAACCAGAAGUGCAAGAAUGCUGUUACGCUCUCAUCCAAUCUGAUUGCUAACAUGACGAAAGGGGGCGAUGCCCCCGAGGAUCCCAGUGCGACCAGAGCUGAGACCCCGCCAGAAUUGAAGGAUGUUCAAGAUGGUCCUAGAAGGGUUAAAGAUAAGAGGAGGAAUGUGAAGCGGAUUCUGCAGAAACCUGUUCUAGCCCCCAGUCAAUCAAAAGAAAAAUGGCUUGCCAUUGUUGUCUGGGCCAGGAACCAUAGUCAUUAUGGAGGACACAAGCUCCUCGGUCAACAUGCUAUGAAGAGAAGACAGCUAGAACUGCUCGGUUACCAAGUUCUUGAUGUUCCAUUCCAGGAGUGGUCUCAGAUGAUGAAGAACAGGGAUCAACAGGAGAAUAUCAAACACAUCAAGAGGAAAAUAUUCAACAAUUCACACUCAUCUAUAUGAACGAUUCUAGAAAUUCAAAGCUAAGAAGUUUUUUUUUUUAAAGUGAAUUCAUAUAAUUUCUUAAAGUGUUGGUAAAGGAUGCUGGGAUCUUACCUGUGCAUUUUAAGAAAAGAUUGAAACAUUAUUUAUAUGAAGCUUGAAGCUCCAAAAAAGAGAAAAGAAAUUAAUCAUCAUGAACCUUUAGAAGAUGUUAAUUAUGGAAGUGGUAUGAGGGGUCAACAUGACAUACAUGGGAGAGAUGCUUGCAUCAUGUUAAGAUUAUGUGAUGUCACAAAUUAAAACUUAAAUCCAUUGAUGGAUUUUCACCAAACAUCAGAGUGGUGUUAGUAUUGAUAGCAUGAUGCAGAAUCAGCCGAUCUUGAAAACUGAAUGGGCUUGUAAAAAUUACAUCAUUAUUGAGAUUAUUGGCUUUUCUUGAGUCACCAGCUCCAUUCUGUCUUGAAAUCUCAAAUUAUUAAGUAUUUUCACUUAAAAAUAUUUCUCUAAUUAAAGCUUGCCGCUUUCUCCACACCAUUUUUUAUUUUCAUGCUAAAUUUCAGUUUUUAAACUUUGCAUGCCUGCCAGCUACUCCUCUUUACAAGCAAUUACUCCUUUGUUGGAAAUUUUUAAUAUACAUUAUAUCAUAUAGGGAAAGAAAACUCCCUUUUUUGUCCAGAUAUUAUGUACAGUCAUCUAUGGGAAAUAUGCUCUGACUCCUAUUUUUUAAAUGAAUCUCUCCUAUUUUGUAUGUUUACAGGUUGGUAGGCCUGACUUUAUAUUGAAUCCCGGGCCUCUUUUAUACCUUUAGGGACCAUUUUAGAUAUGUCAGGGGGAAAAUCAUUAUAAUAAUAAUAACGGCAUAUUUACCCAGGGUAGCCAUUUCAGUUCCGAAAACUGUUCUCCCAGCGUGCCCUGCUAUUAUUAUUACCCGGUUAUUAAAGCUAGGCUACCAAUUCAGGUGCACACAGCUUUUUGAGGAAUUAUUUCCUGCCGGUACCCAUUUACCUCACCUGGGUUGAGUGCAGCACAGUGUGGAUAAAUUUCUUGCUGAAGGAAAACACGCCACGGCUAGGAUUCGAACCCACGACCCCGUUUGAAAGGCGAGAGUCAGAACCACUAGACCAAGACGCGCCCACGGUUUGUAACCCUAUGAAUAUUUUCUCCUGAUUGGUAUGGGCUCAUUGCCUGGCACACCAUGUAUGGCGCUUUCUGACGAGUUCUGUAAUCACAAUCAAGUUUGAUAAGAAAAGACUGCAGAAUUUUAUUUUUAGGAUGUUUGAGAUUUAAAAUGGCACUUAUUAUAGUCAAGUUUAGUACAAUAUAUUUUGACCUAACUAUCUUUGCCAUUUCCCUGGGGUAGAGGGCUCAGUGUAUGUAGCAAAUUAUUUCCUCAUUUUGCUCCCAAUGUAUCAGAUAGUGGUGCAUUGCUAUGGUAACGACAUAUGGCAAUAUACCAGAAGAUCUUGCGGAUUGAAGGCCUUGAGCACUGAGGAAAAACUGAAAGAGUAGUUGGCUCCACAAAGUUUUUCUGAUAUAUUACCUUAAUAUGAGGUUACAAUUGCAAUUCCAUACAUGAUGAAAAAUAUGUCUUGUAAUUCUUUUCUCGAAGACCAUGUCAGACCUGCCAACCAGUACGUUUAAGCCGUAUUUAGUACGCUUUUGCAACCAAAAUACGGCAGUACGUUUUUUCUUUAAAAAAUACGUUUUUUGUAUUUAAAAAAAUCGUAAUUCAUUGAGAAAAAUCAUCUCUAUUUCAUAAAACGUACACAAAUAUGGUUAUUAGAUCAAUGUAAUUUCAGGUAUCUUGUUUUUUUUUCCAAUCAUUUUGUAAAAAUACACAAGUUUCAAUGGUUUUUUUUUUCAUCUGCAAGAGCAGUGCGCAUUUUAGCUUGCAUGCAGCUUGAGCGCCGUGAUGGGCGAGUGCGCCAAGCAUUUUAUUAUGAAAUACACUUUUUUUGGGGAAAAUACAGUUUUUUGUAUCACAGAAUACAGUUUUUCAUUCCCAGAGGUUGGCAGGUCUGCCAUGUGUAAUCAAAGUCUCAUGAGUAUUGGGGAAGCAUCUUAAUAUACAAGAUUUACAAUGGACUGCCCGAGUGCACUUAUUCUGUAGAGUGAUCAAAUACACAUUUUGAUAAAGAAUCAAUAGAUGAAAUCAAAGGAGAGGAUAACAUUUUUGUUGCACAUUUGUAGAAUUAGAAUGUUAGAAGGAUGGUAUAAUGUUAUUUUGUAUUAUUGGACAGUCUUUAAAUUAUUGUCUUCUAUUGGACUGAAAUACUUAUCUUCAAGUUAUUUUCUUUUAGAUGCACUAUUGGAACAUAGUUCUGUUGAUAUCUUCUGUAAAACAUGCUUCUUGAUUUAAUUAAGUGCAGUUUUCACAGAUUCAGGAAUGUUUAGAGAAGGAUAUGAAUAUCCCUUAACACUGUACACCCAGAAAAUAUGCCUAAGUUAGUGAGUUUAAAAGCAUAUUAUAUCCUGAAAUAUUUGUUGAAAGGAUGGGGCUCAGUUGACCAAAAUCCCAAACUUUUUGAAAUUAAUUACAAUUAAUUUCCGACAUUUCUGAACCCCCAUUCACCUUCAACAAACUUUUAGAGCAUGAAAUGCGAGUGUUGUCCUUGCCAUUUUUGACAUUCGGAUCCUUUGCAAAUUCUUUCAUGUGCAUCUCGGAAAGGUACGAAUACAGCAUCAUAUUGUGUUUUUCCUUAAUAAGGAUAUGUGAGUAAUUGGUACUUUGACUGCUUUAUGAAGCAUUUUUUUAUUAUUAGUCAAAUUCUUUGUUCUUGUUAUAAUAUAUGCCUGAUGAGUUUAUAUUAUUUCAAUGAAAUGAAUUGUCAUUAAUACCUUGGACAAUGUAUGUCAAAUAAUCAUGCUGCAUGAUAUACUGGUAUUUUGUUGAAUAAAAUGAUACCAACCAUCA